CUCCCCAACGGCACGGAGGCAGAGGCAACCCACCUCGCCGCGCCUCGCGCUCGCGAACUCCUCCACCUCCACGGCGAGAAGCGAGCGAGCGGCUCGGCGUCCUCCUCCUCCUCCUCGACGGGGAGAUACGGCGGCGGGUGGCCGCCGGGGAGCGUACGCGCCGACGGGAGCGGCGCCGCGGCAACGAAAGAGCGGGUUUUCGGAUGCUAGUGCCAGCGUGCGAGGCGCUAGGAAGGACGGCUUGAUGCAGAAGGCUUGCAGCGUCCAGUUGUUGAGGCCAUCGAGGUCUCGUCGGCGAGAAUCAUGGCCACAAUCGGGUGGAUCCGUGGUUACAGGACGUCCUUGUUACUUACGGGGAAGUCGCGGACUAUCCAGGCUUAAUGGUAUGGUACUGUGCUUUCAGCCACCGCAAUCUGCUAGUGUGGUUCAUCUUGAGGGAGAGGACAAAUAUUCUUGUAUUGAUCAUUCAACAUCAUAUCUGCACGUGCAAUCUGUUAGGGAUUUCCCCAUUGAAAAACUCAAUGCAGAGGUGGUUCUGGUGCGACUUGAUUCCGAACUGAUCUGUAAUCCUCUAGGAUCAUGUAGUUUGUCGCUGGAAAGGACUGUGUCAACUAUCAAAUACUUGCAAAAAGCUGGAGCAAAAGUGCUUCUGGUCACCAGUUGGACUCCUGUUCUUCAAUCUGUUUACCCAGUACUCAAGUCAACUGAAACUUUUGCUGACUAUAUGUCAUCGCUUCUUCAAGUAAAAGUGGUCCCAGUAAAUGGUGUGCCUGGUUUAACAUCAUUUAAGCCAGAAGGGUGGAUGCAGAAUGACAUUAUUUUGUUUGAAAAUCUUUUGAACUUCAAAGGAGAAAAUGCAAACUGCAAUGAUUUUUCUCAGAAGCUCGCUUCAGGUGCUGCAAUCUUUGUCAAUGAUUCUUUCUCACUGUCUCAUAAGAUGCUAGCAUCUACUGUUGGCAUCACUCGCUUCUGCCAUGCAUCCCUUGCUGGUUUCCAUUUUGAGGAGGAGCUUAUGCAAUUGAGAAAGAUCACGGACACCACAAGGCGCCCAUUCAUUGCAAUAAUUGGAGGCAGUAACUUCUUGGGAAAGGCACCUGCUCUGAAUCUGUUAGCCUCUCUAUGUGAUGGAUUAUUCUUUGUUGGCAAAUUGUCAUUGCAAAUAAUGAAUGGCUUUGGAAUACCAGUGCCCUCUUGUUUUGUAGAAAAGAAUUCAACUAAGGAAGUGCUACAACUUAUACAAACAGCUCAUAACAGGAAUAUUCCUAUUUAUUAUCCAACUGACACCUGGUGUUUGAACAACAAGAACAACAAUCAUGAAAAGUUGGAAAUUCUCGACUCUGCUGAACUAUUGCCUGGCUGGACACCAGCUGAUAUAGGGCCAUCAACAUUGGAGAAAAUUUCCUCGUUAAUGCCAUUAUACAAGAAGGUCCUAUGGAUUGGGCCAACAUGUUUUGAUUUAACAGAAGAGUUUUCUGGUGGGGCAGCACAGUUGGGCAGGAUACUGGACAAGGCAAGCCAUGAUAGCUGCGAUGUUAUUUUAGUGGGGAGUGCAGCAUGCAAGGCAGUAAAAGGAAUAUCAGGAUCAUCAUCAAAAUAUACAACAUUUAAAAAUGCAUCUGUUGUUUUGGAAUUCCUGAAAGGAAAAAUAUUGCCUGGUGUUGCAGCAUUGGAUAAAAGUUAUCCCUAUCAGAUACCAUGGAAUGCUAUCUUUUCUGAUUCUUCACAACCGUUAGUGGUUGAUAUUGGAAGUGGAAAUGGUUUAUUUCUUUUUCAAAUGGCUAGAGACUGGGAAGGCUCCAAUUUUCUUGGGCUUGAGAUGAAUAAAAAGCUUGUUGUAAGGUGCCUUCGGGAUGUUGCUUCAGUUGACAAAAGGAAUCUAUAUUUUGUUUCAACAAAUGCAACAUCCACAUUUCGAUCAAUUGUUUCAAGUUACCCUGGACAGUUGGCUCUUGUCACUAUACAGUGCCCAAAUCCUGAUUUCAACAGAGAGCAGAACAGGUGGAGAAUGGUACGAAGAAUGCUUGUUGAAGCUAUUGCUGAUCUUCUUCAGCCCAAUGGAAAGGUUUAUCUGCAGUCUGACGUGGAGUCCGUCCUGCUCAGAAUGAAAGAGCAGUUCAUGACGCACGGCAAGGGCCAGCUGGUGGUGGACGACGAUGGCGGCGGCGACCACCAGAUGGACAACCCGUUCGGCGCUGCGUCUGACUGGGAGCGCCAUGUGCUGGCUCGUGGAGCUCCCAUGUACAGAACGAUGCUACGCAAAGUGUGACGGGACGGGAGCACUGCGCCUCUUGACAUUUUGGGUUUUCAGGUUCCAUUGUUCGCCUCCUUACUAGUACUAUUACUUCAUCGUUACUCCCUUCGUCCUAAAAAAAAAGACCAACCCUGAUUUCCGUGCCCAAUGUUUGACCAUCCGUCUUAUUUAAAAAAAACUAGUUGGGUGGCCCGCGCAAUUGCGCGGCUAGCACCCAAACAAAAUUAUAUAUUUUUUAUUAUGAUUUUACUUAAAAUUUAUUAAAUAGCUAUGUCAUUAUCUUAAGAGUUUGUAAGACCAAACCUUAUCAUCCUCAUGUUUCUAAUUAUGCAGUUCUUUAAAAGUCACACCAGUUGCUACACCUUAUGUCAUCUCCAUCUUUAUUUGUUUGCUCGAUCUACCACUAUUUCUAUUCAUUCUCCUUGGAACUUUCAAAAAAUGGAUCUUAUAGUUUUUAGAGUUUAUUAUCACGUUGGGUUUUGUUUUUACAAUUUCUAGACGUCCCAUCAAUUAUACUCCUCUAUGGCCCGUCCACUGCCUAUUCUCUUUAUUGUCUUUUCCUAAUAUUGCAUCAGUAAAAAUGUUCUUUCAGGUUAA